AUGACCAUGGCCCAGGCUGGAGCCGUAGCUGCAGCUGCCACGGGGCUCCUCGUCUUCUUCCUGUACUCCUCCAUCCACAAGGUUGAGGAGGGGCACCUGGCCGUGUAUUACAGGGGUGGUGCGUUGUUAUCUAGUCCGAGUGGACCGGGCUACCACAUCAUGCUCCCAUUCGUUACCACGUUCAGAUCCGUGCAGACCACGUUGCAGACUGAUGAAGUGAAAAAUGUGCCUUGUGGGACAAGUGGCGGUGUUAUGAUCUACAUUGACCGAAUAGAAGUUGUGAAUAAAUUGGCACCGUAUGCAGUGUACGAUAUUGUGAGAAACUACACUGCAGACUACGAUAAGACCCUGAUCUUCAAUAAAAUUCAUCAUGAGCUGAAUCAGUUCUGCAGUGCCCAUACCCUGCAGGAAGUAUACAUUGAGCUGUUUGAUCAGAUAGAUGAGAAUCUGAAGUUGGCCCUGCAGAAAGAUCUCAACGUCAUGGCACCAGGUCUCACUAUCCAGGCUGUGCGUGUCACAAAACCCAAAAUCCCAGAAGCCAUCCGAAGAAAUUUUGAGCUAAUGGAGGCUGAGAAGACCAAGCUGCUGAUUGCAGCCCAGAAGCAGAAGGUAGUAGAGAAGGAGGCAGAGACAGACCGGAAGAAAGCGCUCAUUGAGGCAGAGAAGGCUGCUCAGGUGGCCAGGAUUCACUAUCAACAGAAGAUUAUGGAGAAGGAAACAGAGAAGCGAAUUUCUGAGAUUGAAGAUGCUGCAUUCCUAGCAAGAGAGAAAGCAAAAGCUGAUGCGGAGUACUACACUGCUCAGAAGCUGGCUGAUUCCAACAAGCUGAAACUUACCCCCGAGUAUCUGGAACUAAUGAAAUACCAAGCGAUAGCUGCGAACAGCAAGCUGUAUUUUGGUGACCGCAUCCCCAAUGUGUUUCUGGAUUCCUGUGCCUUCCAGCAAGCCAAUCUGAGGACUGCCCAAGAAACCAGCCUUCCUUCACAGGAGGCCCCGGAGACUUCUGGAGAAAGCCACCUCAGAACAAAGGAAAGCACUGGCUGACAGAGGUAGAAAGAUACCUGGUAUAGCUCAACAGCGAGCCCAGCUGUGAAUGGGGAUGUUGCCCUGUGCUGGUGGGGCGGAUGCAGCGCAUGCGUGGACAUCUUGUGUAUAGGUGGCAGUUGGGUUGAUUUUCUUCUAGCAACACAUUGCAAGUGCUCUGCCUCUUCCGUUUCUUCCCCUAUUAAAUUGGUGCUUCCAAAUGAGGGAUAAUCCUGUACUAACAUACCUAUACUGGAAUAUUAAAAGACAGACACCGGGAAAGCC